UUGAAAAAUUGUACUUUUAGGACCGUUCAUUCACGUUCUGCUUGUGGAGAAACCGUCGAUUUUCUGAUCGAGAAUAAAGCAACCAAGGUGGCGCUACAUGCCUUUAACGGGUCGCUAGAACAGGCUCUCCGUGGACUGGAGGCUGGAUUCUUCUUCUCCAUCCCUCCUUCCUUUACUACUGGCGAUCAUAAGCGUUUCCUCAUUGACGCGAUUCCAAUGGAGAAGCUGUUACUGGAGACCGAUUCGCCAGUGCUUGGUCCUGUCCGAGGUGAACGUAACGAACCAGCGAAUCUGAGGCUUUCUGCAGAAUUUAUUGCAGACGUAAGUUCUUUCGAUAUUAUCGGGUCACCUGAGCAACAACGAAUAACAUUAACAAUCAAUAUUCGACAUAGAGAA